GGCUUCUUGUGAUGACCUCGCUGUUUACCUCGCCUUGAAGAUCGCUCCGAGCAAGGAGUUUGUCAAUGCCUCAAGAUGGUACUCUCACAUCACCGCGCUUCUGAAGAAGACAUUCCAAGCCAGGUUGAAGGUGUUCGUAUCUCCGGUGAAGUAGUUGUUGUUUCUGCGUUGGCCCCUCAGAUUUCGGAGACUGAUGCUGCGGAGAAGGACGCCGAGGAUAAAGAUGAUGAUGAUCUUGACCUAUUUGGUGAGGAAACCGAGGAGGAGAAGGCGGUGAGAGAGAAGCGUGAAACCCAAUUGUAGGAGGCCGGAAAGAAGCCGAAGGUUGUAGCGGGGAAGUCAUCCAUUGUUCUUGAUGUGAAGCCAUGGGAUGAUGAGACGUACAUUAAGAAGCU